AGGCAACAUUCACCCAUCCAUGCCUGCCAAGCCAUUGCUCCCAUAGUUUAUCCCGAAUAAUUCCCAUGAGCUUGGUUUCAUAGGUUUAUUGAUGACCUACAUGUAGAAGUAGUAAUUAGUUGAUGAAGAUGAUGAGAUUUAAUAAAUAAGGAAAUAAUAAAGGAAAGAGACUUCCUUAUGUAUUUCUAGUGAUACAACCAUGUAUUGCAACAUUAGAUACUGCUAGGCCUAGCCAUAUAUUACAGCAUCAUAUAUUUUGAGGGACUUAAAGAGGGAAAGAUUUUGGAUAAGGAUGACUUCUUUUCUUUUUCUUUUUCUUUCUUUCUUUUCUUCCCAGCCUUGCCCGAUUCUGCUCUUCUUCUCCUUUCCUCCCGCUGCAGCCACCCGAAGAAAAAAAAAAAGGAAAACCCAGCCAUGCCUUGGAAAAUUGGUAAGGAAGCUUAGUAUUUUCCCCUUACUUUCUUGUUCUAGAACCCAUAAAGAACCCAGAAAUUUCCCCUCCCUCUCUGCAGAUUCCGGAUCUGCUCUGCUUUGCUCUGUCCGCCGGCUGCUCUUGUUGUGGGGGCGAAUUGCUUGGGUUUUGGAUCCGUGAGUUUCUCCCCUGCACUUGCCGCCGGCCUCCUCCCCAAUCUGCACUCCGAUUUUGCUUGCUGGAUUUAUGGAAGUGAAACCGAGGACGGGGAAACCACGGGAAGUGACGAGUUAGAAGGCUAGCCAUAUUGUAAUUGGAUAUAAAUUUUAGAUAUGAAUCAUGAUCUUGUAUUUGGAGAUUUUAUUGGAGAUUUAUGAUAUCAGAGUAAAUUUUAAAGAUUUGA